CCUUGCCUUCCCUGAGAGAAAAACGGGGGCUGGGAAGGAGGGGAGGGGGAGGGAAUCUGUGAGUAGAGCUAACUUCUGAGCCAGCCUCUUUCAGCAAACCUCCUUCUUACCUCUUCAUCUCCCCCCUCGGCCGCCCCCGGCCCCGUCCAGCCCCGAGCUCUCAGCCCCGGCCGGCACCCGGGACCCCACCGGGACCCCCGGGAGGGUGAGCCCGGGGCCGGGCGGAGCCGAUCGGCGCUGAGGGGAGGCGGAACGGGCCGGGCCGGGGCGGGCCGGAGCCGCCGUGCACAUGCGGGAGGCUCCCGGAGGCUGCGGGCUGAGACGAGCGGCGCGGCCGCCCGCGCUAGGCUGCUGCCUCCAAAUGCGUGCCACGGCUGCCUGCCCCUGCGGAGAUGUGAGAGGAACAGGUAAAAGGUACUCAUUUCUCUGUAGGAAGCAAAAUGUUAUUUGCAUGGAUUGUGCCUGCAGCAAUUUGUUUGUUGAUGCACUUCACAGCAGAAGCGUGCAGUAAAGGAAACGUGACUGCUAACAAACCUCCCCACGGGGUCGCAGAAAUAUGCGACAAAGGAAAUAUGACUGCUAACUCUGCUUCACAUGUCCAGCCUGGAACUAACAUUACCCUCUCGUGCCAGCUGAAACAACUGAAAUACAACGAGCAGUGCAAGAUAGCUAUUUUCUUUAACAGUUCCGAACUAAUUAUUAAUUACGGCACUUCCGUGAGCACCAAAUUUCAAGUCCUGACAUAUGGCAAGCACAUGUUUACUUGCAAAAUAGUUUGUGAAUACAAGAAAAAACUCAUUUGUGGAGUCGAUAUAAUGUCUGGAAAUCCUCCAGAUCAGCCAAGAAACGUGUCAUGUAUCCAGUAUGGGACAGAUGGCAGUCCUACCUGCACCUGGGAUAAAGGAAGGCUUACAUACAUAAACACUACAUACGUAAUACAGCUGUCAGAUGGCACUGACAUCUUCUGUUUUCUAGAAGAAAAUCUGAGUAAUAAAUUUGGCUCGCUGGUUCUGAGCAAGAAGUUGAAUUUUGACUCCACUUACACAGUUGUGGUUGCCGCCUCCAACGAACUAGGAAGUGCUUUUUCACAGCCACUCAUGUUCAUGUUGGUAGACAUAGUGAAACCACAUCCUCCGAGAUUGUUGGUGGAAUUUGAAAAUUCUGUGACAAAUUUCUCAUUUGUUUGGCACGAUGAAGUUCGAGCACAGCACUGUCGAAUAAGAUACCGUCCGCUUACUGGUUAUGCCUGGAACACGGUUGAAAACGUCAAUAGUGAAAAUUUCAGUCUUUAUGGUCUGGAGCCUCAUACAGAAUACGAAUUCCAGGUUAGCUGUAAAAUUCAUCCUGAGAGGGGACUGUGGAGUAACUGGAGCACUUUCCAAACCCAGACUCCAGAAGCAGUGCCCACUGGUCUCUUAGAUGUCUGGUACAAAAUGCAGGAUGUGGACUCUCAAACGCAGAACAUUUCUCUUUUUUGGAAGGCUCUGAGCAAGUCAGAAGCAAAAGGCAGAAUCCUGCAGUACACGGUGACCUUUGAAGCACUAAAUUGCGGCGGUCCCGAAGCAGAGGUUACCACACAGACCAGUUACACCAGAACCACUGCGAAGCUGGACUACAGGAUAACAGUCACUGCUGACAACUCGAGGGGAAGCUCACCGCCUGCAGUCAUCAUCACUGACCUAGGCAUCGGGGAUUUACCUCCUCCUCAGAAAGUUUCCGCUCUCCCGAUGGGAAAUGGCAGCAUCUUUGUCAGCUGGAAACCUCCCAAAAAAUUCACUGCAUUCAUCAAUGGCUACGUAGUGGAAUGGAUGGACACACACAGGAAGAAGAGCCUCGCACCUCCUCUGACCUGGGUAAAGCUCGUAGCAUCCAACCUGUCUACAGUGAUAUCAGAACACAUAAAAGAUAACGUGUGCUACGACAUCAGUGUAUUUGCACUUUAUCAGGACAGAGCUGGACGAGUGGCAUCAGUCAGGGGAUACUCGAGAGAAAAAGCACCAUCAGCUGGGCCCCAGAUAUACACAACGCCACAGACAAAUGGUGUCUUGGUUUCGUGGGAGGACAUCCCUUCCCACCAGCAAAUGGGCUGCAUCACGGCGUACAACAUAUACCUGCGAAAAAAGGACAGCGAGGGAGCUCCGGCUGUCUACGCCAUUUCUAAUGCAACUUCCCAACGCGAAUUUUACAUCACAAACCUACAACGCGGUGAGAAUUACAUCCUCUGGAUGACAGCGUCAACGGCUGCUGGGGAGAGCCCCUGGGGCAACAGGGAGCUGGUCUGCUUGGAAAGUGCUGUGGACUGGCUCAUCGUUGUACUUACGUGCAGCUUCUUCGUGUUUUCAGUCUGCGUGUGCUCCAUGCGUCCUGCAAGAAAAGUGUUGUACUCUCUGCUUUCUGCCACCGUGCCCCAGUGGCACGACAAAGCCAUCCCAGAUCCAGCUAACGCGACUUGGGCUAGGAGUUACGCUGCUGUGAAGCAGGGCGAGCUGAGCGUGCCCUCCAGCCUGUUCCUGCGGGACACAAGCAGCUUCGAGGAGCCUGAAACCAUAGAAGUCGAGGAGGGCUUCACGAAGACAGACUCCCAGAUUUUCCAUGAGAAGCUCAUCUUCGGCAAGGUUCACGGCAGAGAAAAUCACGACUGGCAGUCGGAAAGCAGCUUUGGGAAGCAGGAGUCGGAGUACAAGGCUCUGCCCAGCACAACGGACGGGGACAGCUACGAGCAUCAGCUCCCCUACCUGUACAGAAGGAUGGCAGAGGUGACAGAACAGAUGCAGCCUGCUCCCGAGUACCUCGCUAACCCCAUCUCCGACAGAGCUCCGGGCUACCUGCCCGCGGGCAUCCUGGCCCCUGCGACAGACACCGCUGCCGAGCAGCAGGAGCUCGAGUGCAGCCCCAUCUCUGUCUUUCCAACCACUUUUCUGCCGCCCGUGUUUUCCUACGGAGGGAAACUGAAUUUGGACACGGUGAGGCUGAACGGCAGCUCUUUCACGAGGUAGGGGGGCGGAACGGUCCGGCCUUGAUUUCUGCACUUGGUGGAGUAUUUCAGCGCGUUUCACUGCAGCCGGUACAACAACUCCUAUGUGACACCUCCAGGGGACAAAAGCCAACUCCCAAACCUCUCCAGCAGUGCCAGUCAUGCCUUACAGAGCAUGCUAAGGUAGAAUUAAAGACAGAAGAGCCAGGAUUGCUGGGGCUCAGCAGCCUGCCUUUUUGAGAGUUUAAUUGCUCAGGCUGCCUUUACACAGCCUGGGUACCCUCAGCUCCCUGUCCCACUGACCACAAGCAACCAAGUCUGGCUUGAACUACAUCAGACAAGCUAAAAAUCAUUUAAAAUAAUGCUUUCCAAGAAGAAAAAGCGCUGAUUUCAGUAAGGGUCAGCCCUCAGCAUCUGACAGGACCACGGUUGCAGUCUGUGCUCCAGCUGCACCCAAGUGAGAAAUGCAACAUUUGGAAAUCUGCAAGAGCUGGUGCUAAACCUACACGCCCAAUACCCCACAAACAGCGUUCCUCAAAGAGAGGGAACACUGGCACGAAGUCGUUGCAUCCCCAUGACCCUGGUGCUACAGCCCCACGCGGGCCCCAAAGGCUGUGAGAUUUGUUAUUUCUGCAGCAGGGCUGAGCAGCUCCAUCAGGAGCCUGCCCCCGUGGCUCAGUUUGGAGAAAUCCUCAGCAGAAAUUAAGGAAGAGGCAGCACAUGGGUACAGUAAGUCAAAUGGACCGUGGAGAAUUUAAAUGAUUUAUUGAAGUGUUCUAAUUACAGGCUUGAAGCACGUGUUCCACACGUAAUGACUCUGUUUACUCGGUGUAGAUAUGUGAUGCGUAUUUAUAAAUAGGAUGUUGGGAACCUGCA